AUGGCAAACGAUCUGAUCUCACACGCCGCGUCGGAAGUUGAGCGCACCGGUGGAGUGCUCCUGCGGCAGGGCGGCAAGGAGUUCAAAGGAGUCAUCUCCCAUGGAAAGGCUGAGGCAGAGGAUUUGAUAUUCACAUUCGGUGAAGCCACCCAGGACACCAUCAAGCUCGCGAUUGACAAGGCCGGCAAGGAAAUGAGGCUUUUGUCCGGUGAGCUGGCCCAGCAUGCCGAGCUGCUUGUGAAGACUUCAGGGAGUGAAGUUCGCAUGUGCAUUGACCAUAUGGAGAAGAACGUGGCCUUAAUACUGGACAAGCUACCCCAGACUGCGGGGGAGGUGUCGCGCGAAGCUGCCUCGGGAUUUGUGAAGGGCCUUAGGGAUCAGUUUGGAUGGUCCAGCCCUCCUAGCUUGGUGGUUGAGGUGAGCAAAGCAAUUGAGGGCCAGAAGGUGUUGCUGCCGAAAAUUUUGGAGGCGGUGGCGGUUCAGCCAGAGUCGCAGCAGAAGCUCCAGUAUCAGGCAUUUUACCUCCUUUUCCAGACAAUUGGGACCAUGGUGAGGGACGAUUUCAGUCUUCAGCAGCGGUUCGCCCUUCAAUUCUACAUCUCUGCCGUUGCUCUACGCACAUGCUCGCCGGAGCAAGGAUUCCUUGGUGGCUAUGUCCCCGGCGCCUUGCGGAAACUCCCAACACAAAAUGAGCUUGAGGUUUUCACCAAGGAUUUGGUGAAGCUGGGGCAUCAGGAACACAUCAGGACAAGAGCUGUCGAUUUUCUCCAGGGCAUCAGGAAUCGUGAUGACGCGACCAUCCAAGAUGAGUUCUUCAGCAUCGUGCACGAACUGCUACCGCCGCGGCUGAAACAACUUCAGUCAGAUGCGGCAACAUCGCCAGCAAUCCCUCCAGCUCCACCACCUCGAGAGGCUUGCAAAACUCGCCUCCAAAAAGUGAAGCAGCAAACCAGCGACCUGAAAAGCUUUGCGGAGAGUUGCGAAGGCCGGUGCGAUAAGGAUGAGCAUGUGUGCGGGACAUUGAGACAGAAAUCCAGAAGAUCGACGCAGACUUCCCGGAAGUGCUCUCCAACUUCCUGGAGAACAGUGACCUGA